CGGAAGUUGCUGCUCGGCUGGAAUUCCGCCCCAGCUCUGCGGUCCGCUUUUUCUCACGCCGGGUCGGGCUCUGUUCGGUAUCAUGGAGGAGGCUGAAAUGCAGCUGAAAGUGAAAAAGGUGACUGACAAGUUUACAGAAAGCAUGUAUGUCCUGGCCAAUGAACCUUCUGUUGCAUUGUAUCGACUUCAAGAACAUGUCAGGCGCUCUCUCCCAGAACUGGCUGAGCACAAAGCUGACAUGCAGAGCUGGGAAGAGCAGAGUCAAGGAGCCAUUUACACCGUGGAAUAUGCCUGCAGUGCCAUCAAGAAUAUGAAGGACAGUAGCAUGUAUUUCAAGAACAUCGAAGGGCUCCUCAGACACGCCAUUGCCGUAAAAGAUCGGUUGAAUUCUGCACGGAGGUAGCUCUGGAGAACCUGAUCUGGGAAAACUUCAUGGCCCUCCCCUCUAUUUAUGGAUGCCAAGAGGAAGCCCCUCCACACACCAACGCAACCAAGACACAUUUAUAUUAACCAGUCUCUCAAGUUUAAUCUUUUUUUUUAACAUUAUUUUUAAUUUAAACAAAGCAUACUACAAGCAAAGAACAUAUGUUAGCAGUACUUAGUUUCCAACACUGCAGGCAAGAUCUUUCUUGUUGUGUCAUCUGGGGUGAGACGGGUAGAGGAAAGAAUACAUGGAAUCCCAUUAUAUCAAGUUAAACAGUUGGAUGGAUGUGCCAGUUCUAUUUGGAAAUCUCAGAUUUUGGACCGAGGACGACUUCUACUUGCAAAACAAAUGUUGUGCCUUCUUACUAGCUGGCUCUUCUUCUCCCAGUUCUACCCGCUCCCAUCUUCUCUUCUCUUUCCCUUUUCACAGAUUCCCAAGUGCUUUUCCUUCUGUUCUCACAGUCAAGGUAGAUUUUUGCCAUCUCCUGCAGGCAAUCUUAAGAUUUAAGAUGACCUCUACCACCCUGCCCUACUCAGGGAAGGUUAAAAGAGACAAACCCUUGAACGCUUCCCCCUGUUUUAUAACCAAUCUAAUUCUAAUUCAGCUCCUCCCAGUUCAAGCUCAAUAAAACUUAAGGCUUAGUUUUUUUCCUGUCGGAUAAAUACAUAUAAUAGAUUUCAGAACGGUGACGAUGUUUUAACUAGGAAUGCAGCCAGUCGCUUGUGCUGCAGGGACCAACCUCACCCCAAGUUGGAUCCUUAGCACACAACUCUUCUCCCGCUGAUUCCAGUGGGUUUCUGGUUCUGUAUGAAGGGAGAGUUUGCCAGACCUUACUUGUGUCUCUGGUCAGAGCCCAGCUAUCUCAAGGACAGCAUCAAGGCCUCCGCCCCGCCCUCCAUCAACUUUUCAUGGUCUCCAGAGCCCCCUCUGACCUCCAAGGGAUGAAAAUCUCUCUCACCCUUUUGAAAGUGGGGAUCACAACACAGCGAAAGCGUAGGAAUCCCCGAAGUUGGAUGAAUGUAAUUAAAAGGAAAAA